AUGAAUUCUGCAUUCACAUUCCCAGCUCAAGCAAGCGACUCUGGGUCGUUCAAGUUCCCCGUAUCGAACGAAAGUGGGGUCUCUAUGCCACUGAAUGAAUCUCAAGAGUCAAAUCCUUCACAAUCACAAUCCAACAUACUCAUUCAAGCGUUCGAAAGCCAUAUUAAUGAACCCCCUCCAAUAAUAGAUAUACCGCCACCACUAGAAAGUGUGGAAGAUAUCGUACAGGUGGCUCCUGUAGUUGAGCCUAACCGUAAUGAUUUCAAGAAGGCCGCAGAAGAAGGUUUCGUACCGGUACAAGAUACACCUCCGGAACAAAUAGCGGUAAUGAGAGCUACGGAGACUAGUAACAACUCACUGGCUGAAGAAUAUGUUACGAAUCUUCGACAGCAGAUGGCGACCGAUUGGAAAAGCACCUCGGAAUACGCUCUCCAUAUACUUUUCACGAAAUUUGUUCGACAUGCUGAGAGCAAGCUCAACUUGUGCUUGCAGCACCCUCUGGUGUCGGAACCACCAAUAGUGGAUAUUCUAGGGGAAGGCGUAGAUCCUGUAUUCGAUAAAAUCAUUGAAUCAUUAGGGCAUAUUGCGAAGAAGAAGCCCAAACCAGUCAUCGAUGCUAUGAUGUUUUGGAGGAAGACGAAGUCUGAGAUAGCGGCUGUGGCUACAGAACUAGUAGAAAAACUAUUGAGCGAAUAUGAAGCUGAGCGAGUGAGGCCCUCGCUGAACAAAAAUCCAACUAUGCCGAGCAUUACACCAACACACAGCAAGACAUUAAGUAAUGGGAGCCGAUUCUCCCAUAAGAGAAAUAACUCUUCGAGAUCUUCAGCCGGGAGCAGGGGCCUGACUGAAGGGCAUCGCCUGAAAGACUUAGGGACUCAAAUAGAAAAUGCGAAGUCGGCAGCAUUUCAGGCCGAUCGAAAAUCCCUGAUAAGCAUAUACAUCCUCUGCAGAGUACUGAUAGAGAUCGUCAAGCAGGCUUCGGAUGAGGGUGACGAAGAUUUGAGUGACAAAUUAGAAGAAAUAGUGUUCACACAGCUCAAAACAACUGACCCUUUGUCUAUAUCGUCCAGUAUCAUUAAGUCAUCGAAUUGGAACUCGUUUGCCGAGUUGUUAGGAUGGAUGUCAGAUAGUAAAUUUCUGUCGGUCAGCGACAGAUUCAUCGGGGACCUGGAGAAGAUACCGACUUAUGUCAAUAGGGAUUUAGAACCAGGUGUCCACCUGCUCAUUUUGGGAAUGAGAUACUUACGUCUGAAAAACUACCCACUCGAGAAGUUUGAGGAAACGGCCGACUUUAUCAAGAGCAUUGCGAAAUUCUUCUCUAAAGCUGAAAACAUAUCAGUAUCUCUGGCUUAUGCAGAGGUCAUAAGUCAGCUUCUUUUACCCUUGGCCGGGUCUCUCACAGCAGAAGUCAAUCAUCCUACCUGGGUGGAGGCUAUGAAUACUUUGCUGGUAAGCGCAAAUAAACUACUCUCGGAGUCAAAAUACUGGGCUAGUGGUUUCAAGCUCACUGUUGCUGUACUCUGUGCUUCGCCAGCCGAACCUUUCUCGCAACAUUGGGUACCAUUAGUUGAGAAGAAUGUCAAGAAGAUUAGGUACAAAGAAUUGAGCGCUAGGGUCUUAUUCGUAGUGGGCCUUUCACGGAUGGUAUGGGUUUACCUUUACAGAUGCCCUGAAACCCUGAAUAAUACUACAAGAACCCUGAGUAAGAUACUGACGUUAUAUUUGAACCACAAGAAGAAGGAGAACUGGAUUACUACCGAUUUGGAGCUAAUCAACCCUCUUUCUGAUGUACUUGUAACAGUUGGGUACGCUCAUCCAAAUUUCUUGAUGGAGAAUGCAAUGAUUCCAUUGAUUAGAAAUUCCUUCAAUGGUUCAAAUUUAGAUGGCAUAAACUAUGAAAAACUCAUUUUGGCAAUCAAUACUUAUCGUGGACUUCUGAUGACAAAUAGUAAGCCUGAGUUCCCGGAGAGUGAUAGCCGAUAUUAUGAUUUAGGGUUAAGCGAUAUAUCGAUUAAGAGAACGGAAGCUCUUACUUUGAAUCACGAAGAAAUUUGUGGCAGCAUUUACACACUCUUUCUCAUCCUGGAUUCAAACAUUGGUUCCGAGGUCUGGUCACCAGAAAAUCAGCACAAGCAACCUUCAACACCAUUUGAGAAAUUCUCUUUUAGUUUCAACAACGAUAACAGCAACAAUAACAACAGGAAUCUCAACAUAGCAUUGUUUGCUACUUUGAUAGAGACAAUUCCCAGUUGCUUGUGCAUUUCGGUUCAAGUUCCCUUCAAGUCAACCAUCGAGAUAAUAUCAAGGAACGCCGUUCAUGCAGAUCUACUAAUAGCCACCAGCUGUCAGAAUGCGUUGAAAGCUUUAGCCUCAAAGAAAAAUCCUUAUACAUUGAUCACUUGGUUCGCCAAAUACUCCUUUGAUUUUGAUGAGAAGACCCAAUCGAGUUAUAAUAUGUCUUAUUUGUCUUCGUCGGAGUAUAGAAAGUUACUUAUUCUCUACGUGGAACUACUGGAAUGCUGGCUCGAAGAAUUCCAAUCGAGCAACAUAGAAGAAAAGCAGCGAGAAACUGGCUUGGAUGGCAUCACAUUGGAGCCAAACUUAUCAAAUUCUGGGGAAGCGAACGAAACUGAAAUGUUAGAGUGGAAAAAUACGGUCACUGUCAUUGAAGAAGUUGAAGGGAAUGGGCUGUUCUUUUUAUGUUCUCAGGAUCCAAAUAUCAGGAAAUUGAGCAUACAAAUACUAAGAAUUAUAUCCAAGUUUGACAAAGCUAUGAUGGAAAAAACUGUCAAACUGUCUAGAGGACAUUCUCGUUCUUCAUCGCGCUUUGCUGCUGACAGCGGGACUAGAUUGGUUGAUCUUUUAAAUGAGUGUGAUUUCAACGAUCUAAUAGACUCAAAAAAGAUGUUUCUAAGCGUUGUCGAGAGAUCAAGAAUUUCCAAGUUGAACUCAAAGUAUAAAAAGGGAAUGCUCAUCAAGCUAGCUGAGUCUGACUAUAGUGUAGAUGCAGCACUUUGGCUUAGAGUUUUCCCAAAGCUACUUUCCGUCAUUUUCGAGUCCUGCCCUAUCACGAUGGCCCUUUGCCGCUCAAUAGUUUGCAUCAGAUUGGUGCAAGUUCACGAGAUUAUACUACAGAUCGCCAGCAAAGGUGAUUCUCGAUAUCGAGAGGUCUCGCCAGAAAUUGUCGCGAACCAGUGGAAGCUCUUUCUUAUUGUGGCUUGCACUUCAUUGACGUCUACCAACGAUCAAAAGCUUCAUAUACCUACGUCAAAUCUGCAGCAUGGAAGAAAAAAGAGUCAACAGAUCUUCACUGUUCAGCAUCAGAAAAUCAAGUCAGCAACCUCUAUCUUUAAAAUGGUACUACCUCUUCUAAACUCCAACAGCCCAAUUGUGAGAGAGGCGAUUAUAACCGGCCUAAGCUCAAUGAAUGUUAACAUUUACCGAGCUUAUAUUGAAAACAUAGACAAAUUUUUGACAAGCUGGAAAGUGUCAAGUUCAAGUAAUCAAAUGAGGGUAGAGAUGUUCCAUGUUUUGACAAUUUUAACGAGGUUUUUACAUGAACCAACAGUGUCGGAAGAUCAGUGGACCCUGAAAAGGCUUUCGGAUAUUUUAAAGCAUGUGAAGAAGUUUCUUGAGGAGGAUACAAUACAGUACGCGUACGCUUACCAGCCGCUCAGAAGUUACUUUGCUGACUUUUUGAAGAGCUACUACGCGGUGAUCAAAGAGGUUGGGCUAGCAAACGAACUCUUCCCUUUUCAAGCUCGGGCAUCGUGUUUUAACUAUCUGAAGGAGUGGUGUGGAUAUGGAGAGCGUGCUUACGUUGCUGAGGAAAGAUAUAGUGCCAUGAUAAAAAGCACCGGGACAACAGCAGAGAUACGCACGGCGAUGACGGCCGGAACUAGAGUUUCUAAAGAAGUAGGCUUGAAAAGACUAGCCUUAGAGACGAUGGUCGUCUUGUGCUCUGAUCCGAUUAGAGAAACACUUAAAGAUGUUCCUCAUAUGCCUAUUGUGGUCUCCUUCGACACUGCUGGGCUGCUCUCUUGGAUCGAAGCACUUUUCAAUGCUGAAAGCGAGGUCAUCAGAGCUAUCGGGGUUCGUGCAUUAGAGAAUCUGCUGGAGAAAAACAGGGAGAAUGCCAAGAUCUUUCGUGACGUGGCACUACAAUGCGUCUCUAUCCACAGUCGACCUGAUGUCGGCAAAUUUUACUUCACGACAUUGUGCAAAGUAGUUUUGAAAAUGGACGACUUAAUUCUGGAAGAAAAUGAGUUGGUAUCAUUGGGGUUGUGUGGCCUUGUUUCUGAUAAAGAAGAUACAAGAAGUUACGCAGUUGACCUUCUAUCGGCUGUUGAGAGUCAGCUACACAAUUCCUCUUACACAAAAGUUUUCAAAGAGAGGUUAGCAAGUAGUUCAAAGGCUGUCUACAAAUCCACAGCAAAAGAAAUUUCGAGCAUAUUUGCAGAGCUUCUUCCUCAAGAGAUUUGUUCCGAAAUCUUCUCCAAUUUGGUGCGGGUGUUGAACCUCUUCCAGUUUGACGUUAAGAAGGACCUGUUGAUUUUGAUGGUACCAUGGGUCAACAAGUUUACUCUAAAGGCGAUUGAUGAUCCUGAAACUUUCGUUGCUUUAAACAACCUAUUUUACAUCACGAUAGAUCUGAACGACGAAUUGCCCCUGGAGGUGGAACAAUUGUGGAUAUCAUUAGGCAGAGGAAAUUCGUUUCAAAACAUUCAUGUAUCUUUGGAGUAUAUUAUGACGAUGUCGAUAAACCAUAGAAACCCAGCAUUUGUCCAGCAGGCGAGGGACGUGGUUUUGUAUCUAGCGAAUGUACCCGGCGGCAUUGGACUCGUUGACUCGUUAAUUCAAAAUCUUGAGCCUAAAUGUAUGAUUCCAAUGACCAAGUACCCUUCAGUCGAGCCGCCAAACACUGAAGCUUUUCCUUAUGUUGCCAAUAUAUGGGAACGGCUAAAUUAUCAUGGUAAAAGCAUCACUUUCUCGAAGGCUCAUCUCUCAAUCAUCUUUCUGGUCAACUUGUCAACCAAUCCGUCAGAAGCUUUGAAGGAAAACAUUCCUACCCUGCUGCAUAUUUCCAUUUGCUUACUUGACCAUUACAUGCCCUUAAUACAAGAGAGCGCUUCUAAAGUCCUAUGUGAGUUAAUAUUCAAUAUGGCGCCCACUCAUGAGAAAUCAGACGAGACAGUCGAAUUGCUCCGGAGCAAACACAAUUUAUGGUCUUAUGAUAAUCUGUUGAAGGACAAAAAUGGUGCAAGAUCUCCUAAGGCUAUGGACGCAUUAGCACGUAAUAUUCUUGCGAUCUUCUCGCAAGUCGAUGGGUUUCAUAUUGAGUGGCAAAAGAUUUCGCUGAAAUGGGCUACUACUUGCUCAGUUAGACAUGUAGCGUGCCGCUCUUUCCAAGUUUUCCGAUCUCUGCUGACGUUUGUCGAUCAGGACAUGCUGCGUGAUAUGCUGCACAGGCUAUCUAACACUAUUUCUGAUGUUAGCCCCGAUAUUCAAGGUUUUGCGAUGCAAAUUCUUAUGACCUUGAACGCAAUAACGGCUGAGCUGGAUGCCGCGGAUUUGAUAAACUUUCCUCAGCUGUUCUGGUCUAUUACCGCUUGUUUGAAUAGCAUUCACGAACAAGAAUUUAUCGAAGUCCUUUCAUGUUUCACAAAAUUUUUAUCGAAGAUUGAUUUGGACUCACCUGACACUGUUCAAUGCCUUGUGGCCACUUUUCCAUCCAACUGGGAAGGAAGAUUUGAUGGCUUGCAACAAAUUGUUAUGACAGGUUUAAGAUCAGCCAACUCUUUGGACAUUACAUGGAAGUUUUUGGACAAGCUGAACUUGCUGCAAGACAGCCGUAUUUUAGCGAACUCAGACUCACGCCUAUUAUUUGCUUUGAUUUCAAAUCUACCAAGGUUUUUGAACGCCAUGACUCGUAAGGAUUUCACUAGCAUUCAGGGGGCUGUUGAUUCGAUGAUUAGCUUAUCUGAAGCAUAUAAGCAACCCUCGUUAUCCAGAUUGAUUGACUCUCUUUCCAAAAACAAAUUUAGGUCCAAGAAAGAUUUUAUGAGCCAGGUGGUGAGCUUCAUUUCUCGAAAUUACUUUCCUACUUAUUCAGCUCAAGUUUUGGUGUUCUUGCUAAGGCUCCUGUUGAAUAAGGUAGGUUGGGUAAAAGUCGAAACAAUGGAGAUACUCAAGUUCAUUUUCCCAUUGGUUGACUUGAAAAGACCUGAAUUUACUGGUGUAGGUGCCGAUUUAAUCUCUCCGCUUUUGAGACUGUUGUUGACUGAGUACGAAGCACAAGCCUUGGAAGUGCUUGAUUGCGUUACGAAUGUCUCAGGAAGUAAAAUGGACAAGGAUGUUUUAAGAAUAAGUAUGGGGAACAAGAAUUUCAAAAGUAAUAGCAACGUUACUACCACCCUCUUCGGUAUCCCAGAGGAGAGUGGUUGGUCGGUUCCUAUGCCGACCAUGACUGCAGCCACAACUAGACAUAAUGUACAUGCUGUGUUCAUGACGUGUGCCGUGAAUGCUGCAGGAGAAGAGUUAUCAGAGCAGCCUGUCUCAAUGGAUGAUAUCGUCGAAUUUCAUGCCGAUACUGAUUACGGGCUUGGCAGGACGGAAACCAAUGACUCACUGUCUCUCGCAGAAGAAAAAGAUGCUUCGUUAAGCCACAUGUGGGCCGAACUGGACAACUUGGAUAGCUUCUUCACAAAAGAUGCGGUCGCUGCCUCCGCUGUACCUCAUUCUGGUUUAGGGAUUCUUCACGAUCGGACCAAUUCUGUUGAGACCACUCAGACGGAACAGACUUCCACUCUUGAAUCUGCUCCUCAACUUUAUGAUAAGAAGGUUUCAGACAUCUUGAAUGGAAGCUUAACGAAGAUACCAUCUAACGUUUCUUUCAAGAAAUCGCUCGCAGAUUCAUUUGCUGCAAACACACCGAAUGAAGGAUUGGUGCGUGAACCGGGGUCAAGAAGCACGUAUCAUAGCCCUCAAUUAUAUUGUGAUGAUUCCGCUACACCUCGCUCUAAAAACUCUAACAUGCUAAAGUCACCUACAAGCUCAGUGCUUGGUGCUGUCUCAACUAACCGUAUUAAGGCAACUGAAUCUCCACAAGAUAGUCUCUUUAGAUUUGAGGGCUUUCUAAGAAGUUCACAAAGAAAUGCUAGAAGGAAAUGGCAGUAUCAUCAACACCACCAGCAACUAUUAUCACAGACCAUUCAUGAACAAACUCUACAAUCGCCAUACGAAUCAGAAAAUGUUACUCCACCUUUAAUGACGUCGUCUGCUUCUCCUGUGAUGCCUACUAGCGCAUCUUCUGCUUUUAGCACGAAUCCUGAUGCUUUCAGGGGUAAACAAGGUACCUAUAAGCAGACGACAAGCAAGUCCGGUAAUGUGAAGCAAAGCAAGUCACAGAAGCAUUACCAUUUGCCGCAUUUCUCCAGCAAUAGGUCGUCAACUAAAAUGACCAAUUCAAGUGGUGGCGACCCCGAACAGAAAUAUUCUAGUUCUCAGCUGCAUGACUUUUAA